CGUCAUUUUACGAGAAAAGCAGUAAAGAUGACUGUCAAGCGACGCAACCACGGCCGUAACAAGAAGAACCGCGGCCACGUCAAGCGCGUGCACUGCGUGUCGACGGCCAAGUUGAUCCCCAAGGACAAGGCCAUCAAGCGCUUUGUCGUCCGCAACAUUGUCGAUGCCUCGGCCAUGCGUGACUUGAAGGAAGCCUCGGUCUACGAAACGUACGCGUUGCCCAAGAUCUACAUCAAGAACUACUACAGCAUUGAAGCUGCGAUCCAUCAACGUAUCGUGCGCGUGCGAUCGGCUGAAGGCCGUCGCAACCGUGAACCUCCUGCCCGCAUCCGCCCGAAGAAGUUGUAAGCAACUGGGGGUAUCCUUCCUCUUGCUCCUUUCGUCUCGGCGACGAUGAUGUGGUGUCUUGCGGCGUUGUCUGCGCGGUUUGUGCCAGCGGAUGAUGCUUCAUCCUGUUAACACAAAUCGAAAGGCUUUUCUCAAUACACAGAUUCGAUUUAGUCUAUA